CCCAGCAAUAACAAGCAGUGCCUUGCUGCUACUGCUGCUGUGUGUGUGCUGUUCUUUGGUGUGUAACCUCGUGCUCUGCUGCUAUGAAGCAAUCCUGCAGCCUUUGACGAUCUCUCUAAAAAAGCAAAACAAAAACAAAAAACCUACAAUGGCCACGGCCACCAGCACCAAAAGCAGUAUCAAUGGGAUGAUAGUAGGAUCCAUGCAGUCUCCAGGCUCGUAUAGUCUGGAUCACAUUAGGAGACAGCAACGCAUGGAUCCUCGCCGGAGACAGGCUGCCCUUUCCUUCCUCACCAACAUCUCGCUGGAUGGGCGACCCCUGCAGGCUAAUGGGGCAGCAACGGAUGGCACUACAUGUGCAGUAAGUAAGAUUCGACAGACUUCACAGUUUGCUGAAAAUGAAGCAAUGCACAAUACAUCUCUUAAUACAUUACCUGCAAAUCAUCAACUCUUUACACAAAACAGCAAGACAGGGUUGAUCUCACCAUCAGGACCAUUACCUUGUUCACUGGGUGGGAGGCAGGAGAUGAUGGAGCAUGAGAUGCGGGGGAAAAAGCACCAUUUAAGUGAGUAUGAUGAAGAGGAGGAGGAGGAUGCAUUUACCAGCAAUGCUCCAUUACCAGCAUCUACAGGGAUACCUGUACCACUAUCCUGUGCAGGUAGCAGAGGACGCCUGAACUCUCUUACCUCUGCUAUUCUACCAGCUGCUUUUUGCAGGACUUCUGCUCCAGUUUUCAGCUGCAGUGACCAAAUACAAGGUGGAAGCAACAGUGCCUUUGACAUCCAGAGGUCACGGCGACGUCUGAUCUCUCAGCGGUCUUCACUGGAAACACUUGAAGACAUUGAAGAAAAUGCUCCUCUGCGCAGAUGUCGGACUCUGUCCGGUUCACCCAGACCAAAGAAUUUUAAGAAGGUGCAUUUUAUUAAGAGCAUGAGACAGCACGACACAAGGAGUGGCAGAAUUGUCCUAAUAAGCGGAAGAAGAUCGUUUUGUAGCAUAUUUUCUGUGCUGCCAUACCGAGACUGUUCACAUGUUGGGGAUGUAAAACUGGAAGGUACGAGGCAGCGGCAUUCCUCCGGUGGAAUGAAUACAAGAGAAAUGAUUCUUGGCCUUGAAGGAGUUGAGCUUGGAGCUGAUGGGAAGACUGUAUCGUAUACACAGUUUUUGUAUCCUACCAAUGCCUUGGGAGCCCGUAGAAACACAAUAGACUCCACUUGCUCUAUUUCUCAGUUUCGGAAUGCAAGUCAUCGCAAUUUGACCCUGGGAAGAGCCAACAGUAUCCAGGGGAGCAUUGAUACAGGUAGUGACAUAGGUGACUUUACAGAGUAUGAUCCAAAUCUUUUGGAUGAUCCACAGUGGCCAUGUGGCAAGCACAAACGGGUUUUAAUAUUCCCUUCCUAUAUGACCACCGUCAUAGAAUAUGUGAAACCAUCUGACCUCAAGAAAGAUAUGAAUGAGACAUUCAAGGAGAAGUUUCCUCAUAUUAAGCUGACUCUCAGUAAAAUAAGAAGCCUUAAGCGAGACAUUCGGAAGUUGGCCCAGGAUGAUUGUGGCUAUGAAGAACCCACAGUGGCCAUGGCAUUUGUGUAUUUCGAGAAGCUUGCAUUGAAGGGGAAGCUGAACAAACAGAACAGAAAACUUUGUGCUGGAGCCUGUAUCCUGUUGGCUGCCAAAAUUGGGAGUGACCUCCGAAAACAUGAAGUUAAACACCUCAUUGAUAAACUGGAAGAAAAGUUUCGCCUGAACAGACGGGAGUUAAUGGCAUUUGAGUUUCCUAUCCUGGUUGCCUUGGAAUUUGCGCUUCACCUCCCAGAGCAUGAAGUAAUGCCCCAUUAUAGACGCUUGGUCCAAAGCUCCUAGCACAGGAUAAACCUCAGAUAUCUUUCUCUGGGACAUUGAAUGAACAGAGCCACCGCUGCUACAGGACAUGCAAAAAUACUCAAGUGUCCUUGUCGUCUACACACAGUCUGGACAGCCAUUUUACCAACAAGGCCACAACUCCCAAAGUAGCUCAGCGACCACUACGUACAUCCCUGAGAACAAUAGGGUGAAUUUAGGAUCAACCUAUAGAAUGGCUGCAGUCAUUGUGUGUAGGUGAUGAAUGCACUUCUAAUACCAAUGGUUUCAUUGGUGCAACUCUGAUAUUGCUUUUUUACAAAGACACUAUAACUGUUAGGUGGAGACAUAAUAUGGAAGACAGACUGAGGUAUUACACCAUUCCUCUCCCCAGAACAGUCCAUUAUUUUAAUUUUUUGCUUUGGAUCUACAAGUGGACUUUAGUCUGUCGCCUUCAGAGCUGACAUUCACCAUAAAGAGAGGGGACCUGCAUUUAUGAAUAGUGUCAGACGUUAUCUCACUGUGUCAAAUACAACCGUGCCAGUGUCUUUUCUACCUUUUUUUGUAUAAGGUCUUUGCUGUGUGGUUUUUAACACCCGGGUGACUUCUGGCCAGGUUAGGAAGGCUGAAGCAAUGGACUAUAUCAUCUUCCGAUUAAACCUUGUGGCACUAGGCAUGACACUUGUGGGCCAACACUACAAACUGGUUCAUUCUAUCAGUGUACGAUCGAAGGCUGAGCAUUUUUAUGACUUUCAGAGUUUUUGAUAUAAAGCCACGUCAUUUUAAACUAUUGCACUUUUCCCUUCUAGAGGAAAUGCGUCUAGUCGCACAAUUUGUCGAGAUUCUGUGCUCUAUGUUAGAGUGCAUUUUAAGCACGUUUUCUUGUGCUUUAUGUUAAGCAGUGUUUAAAUGAUCAUAAGCAGCUGCCCGUUAUAAUGUGCUACAAUACAUUCAUCUCCAACAUUGCCUAAGUGUGCUUCUAUGAAAAACAAUGUAACCUAAAGCAUAUCUAGCAUCAGACUGAAAGAACAUGAUGACAAUUGUUAUUGUACUAUAUGUUUUUAAAGUUGUCUCAUUUGGCAGCCUCAAGAAUACUUGACUUUUAUAUAACAGAAAUAAUAUAGACAAAUGAGUGCAAUGUCUAUGAGAUGUUCUUUGGUAGCACCACAGUUCAUAUUUUUUAAAGGGGUACUCCGGCCCUUAGACAUCUUAUCCCCUAUCCAAAGGAUAGGGGAUAAGAUGUCUCACCACAGGGGUCCCGCUACUGGGACCCCGUAAUAUUGUAUUCGCCACUUACCUGUUUGAGCUGCACGCCACAGUGCCAGCUCACAAACAGCUGGGUGGCGACCACGGGGCCGGAGUAUCGUGACGUCAUGACUCCGCCCCCAUGUGAUGUCACCCCCGGCUAUGCAAGUCUAUGGGAGGGGGCGUGGCGGCCACAGGGGCGGAGUCAUGACGUCACUAUACUCCAGCCCCGUGCAGCUCAAACAGGUGGGUGGCGAAAACAAGAUUGCGGGGGUCCCCAGCAAUAGGGCAUAAGAUGUCUCAGGGCCGGAGUACCCCUUUAAAGUGUAGCUUUACCUGCACUCAUAGGGGACUUCAGCUUUGUGGGCUGUCUCAGUAUUCAGACUAUGAUGUCAUUUUUACCUCAUGACCCACCCAUGAUAGUAGUGACAUCAUUGGUUUCCAGGCAACUGCAAGAUCUGCAUCAUCCCCAAGAGGCUGGUUACACUUGAAAGCAUAACUACAGUGUUGUUGUGGCGGCAGGAUAUACUUUUAAAAUUCCUGACAACUCCGUAGCCCACUGCUAAAGCAAAUGCUCCACGAAAUUGCCAAAUGCCCCAUAAAUGUUGCCCGUAGUUUUAAAAGUGUAUCCUGCCACCGCAACAGCAAGUGUAUUUAUACUUUAAAUAUUCACUGCCAAAUAUACACUACUUUAUCCAAAUGCUUUGGUUCUUGGGGACAUGGGGUUUUAUUUUUAUACAUUUUAUUUUCUGAUUGUUUGAUCAUUAGUUGAACACUUCAUGUUUAAGGGCUAUGACCGGGCGUCAAAUGGUAAACACUAUUCUGCUCUGUUGUGGCAUCUUUGGCCGUUGAUUUAACAAAUGAUCACCGAAUGUUGUGAACUUAUCUCUAAAUACAAUAUGUUGAAUUGAAA